UCCAGCUCAAGUUCUGUCCGGUCCAACGAUGAUCCUUUUGCGACAAGGCCUAACUCCCGCGAUGGAAGCGACAAAAGCUACAAGGAGCCGGAGAAUGUCUACACUCCUGCUAGUCAGCGGCAAAGGAGGGGCACAUUCGGUUCCAUCGUCGACGCCGUUGUUCCUGAUGGCCUUGCAAGGAAGAUGACUAAUGUCUCUUUUAACGGGCUACAGAGAAAAGGUUCUGUGUGGAAGACAUACGAGAACGCUAAGAAGCGAGGUGUCGAGUUACAGAGAAAGAAGUGGGUGCAGAUCGUUUUUGAGUACGGAAUCUACCUCUUCUUGCUGUGUUUCAUCUACUUCGUCCUCAUUGGCAGACCGUUAUGGAAUGGAGCCGUCUGGUGGUUGUACUGGGUGGUCGAGAACAAGUUCGUCUUCGCUGGCGGCUUUAGUAUCACACUCGGUAUCGCCUUGUUUUACGCCUUCGCUCCUCUCCUGAUUUUCUUCGAGAAGGACCCUCCUCCAGCCACGUUCACCGCCGAGACCAAAAUCCAGGACAACGUCAAGGACACUGCUCUUCUCAUUCCCUGUUACAAGUCUGCCCAGCUCAUUCGCGCCACCCUCGAAGCAGCCUUAAAGAUCUUCCCACCAUCGCACAUCUUCGUCCUCGCCAACGGAAACAGCCCCACGCCUCUAGAUAAUACUGAGGAAGUGUGCGCACCCUACGGUGUCAACCAUCUGUGGUGCCCGAUCGGCUCAAAGAUCGUCGCACAGUAUGUAGGAGCCUACGCAGCUAAGGCUUUCAAGAACGUCCUGCUCAUCGACGACGACUGCGCGCUACCCGACAACUUCCCUGUAGUGACCGAUCGCCUGAAGGGCAACGUCAUGUGCCUCGGCUACACCAUUAAGUCUGUGGGACCGAACUCCACUAAGGGCAACUUGUGCCAGCAGGCACAGGAUCUCGAGUACAAGCUUAGCGGCAUCCAGCGUGAGUUUGCUGGUAAGAUCGGUUCAGCCACUUUCCCCCACGGUGCCAUUGCUCUCUGGGAUCGCGACCUUCUCAUCAAGACCUUCCAUGAGCACCCCGGAUUCAGUGUUUCUGAAGAUUGGUUCUUCGGUCAUGUUGCUCGCAAACUUGGUUCUCGCAUCAAGAUGUGCUCGCAAGUUUUCGUCGAGACAGAAACACCUACUGCCGUGUUCUUCUCUUCUGGUGGCUCUCGUGGUGGCUUCGGCGAAAUGACCAUCUUCAAGCAGCGCUUCAAGCGCUGGAACUUCUUCUUCGUCAACGGCAUGUACUACAACAUGGCGUACAUCUUUGGCAGCUGGAAGCUCGGCUGGUGGGAGAUCGGUGCCAAAAUCUUCGUCUUCCAGGAGGUCUACGAAACUCUCCUUUACCUUAUCUCUCCUUUUAUUCUUCCCAUUUCCUUCAUUGUCAGACCCAGCUUCGCCGGUAUCCUCCUCGGAGCUACCAUUGUCAUGUAUCUGAUCAACACGGUCAUCUUCAACGAGGUCCAUUUGCGCCGCAAGAACGAACGCCUCGGCUGGGUCCUCGUCUACGUCUACUACCUUCCCUACAAGAUCAUCCUCACCGUCGUCAACGUAGCAAGCUGCUAUUGGUCACUCUACAAGUACGCCCGUUACUUCGCCAAGCGCCAUCCCAAGGUCAUCGAGGACGAGAAGGCUGUUGAAGUCAUCGUGCGCCUCGAGGAAACCCAAGCGGCUCUUGGUGCUGGCACUGGUGGCCUUGGACGCAGCCUGACCGUUCGCACUGUCGGCACAAGGCAGACGCCCAAUGACAACGACCAGGAUAACGUCGAUCCCUUUGAGCAAGCAGAAACCGAGGGCAUCGCGGCUGUCGAUUACGCAGCUGUUCCGACAGCUACUAAGAGCUCCGAUCUUGGUCGUCAGCCUUCCCCUCCUCACAGCGAUCCUUUUAGGGACAGCAGGAGAGCUAGCUUAUCCGAGACGAUCAGAGAUGUGGAGACUUCGGGCCAAAAUCAGCUCUCUUCCCAGAAUAGUCGGAGCUCACAGGGAUCCCGGCGCGAGCCAGGACUAGCUGGCGUAGGCUGGUAA